UUAAAACUAUGAUAUAAAAGACUAGUAUGUCUUAGCAUGUUAAAUGAAUACAUUCCAUGCACAGUUUCGACUGUAGCAGCGACGUUAAUCAGUGGUAUUAGCCUAUAUUCGGCGAUGUGCUAUAUCACACAGGAAUCUACUCGCAGAGCAACAUGAACAAUUACAGGUCCCUGGAGGCUCACAGUUUUUACACCAGUGGCUGGAAAUUGCAGCUCAACUGGACAAAGAUGUUACAGAACGAUGCAUUGCAUUACGUUGACCUGGAGAACACCGGGGAGGCUCUUAUUGUGCUCAUCGAGAGCAGUAAAGCUGAAGACGCCCUGAGGGUGGCACGGAAGAAACAGCAGGCACUUUUUGACCACCACACCGAGGCUAAGAAAACAGUUACUGAGCUUUUAAACAGCUUGGUGCACUCUGAGGAAGUUGUUGGACAGAAACUUUUGGAUCUGGAGGGUCAGAAGAGCCAGAUGAUGCGGCAGCUGGAGAAAGUGGAGCAGGAGGUACAGCAGAGCCUGGCCAAAAGCCACACCUUGGACUCAGAGCUACAAUUUCUACAGAGAGAGCUGGAGAGUCUCAAAGACAGUGAGAAGGAAAUUCAGGCUCUGCGGCAGGAAGUCGAUGAAGACACAACUGAAGUAAUUCCCUCAGCCAUAUAUUUAGCACAGCUCUACUGCAAGGUUACCAGAAUUCGACUCGAGUUGGGUACAGAGCCUCACAUUUUACGUGGAGUUCACUAUGGUCGAGAUCUAGUAACUCCCAUCAACAUAGACACAUUGAGCUGCUCCCCCUGUGAGGUCAGUGAUGAGCUCUGGAGCCUCGUCAGCACAGACUGGUAGAAUUCUGUUGGGCCAUGUUGGAUUUCAUCUUAAUCUUCCCUUAUCAUUUUUUUUUUUUUUGUAUCUUUUUAUGUUUUUAUAAAUAAUAAAUAAAUAAGUCCUACAGAAUGAACUGAAAUCUAGUGUACUACAUGCUUACUAAGUAUGCAAAGUAUAUAUAACUUUAUAUACAUAAUGUACCAGUUCCAUAUUCACUUGUGUGUAUUUUGGGAAAGGAAAUGUCAUCUUUCAAACAGGAACAUUUUAUUUUCAUAUAUUUUACACCGUUUUAAAAUGACAAGUUCAUUAUAUGAUUUAGUUUUAUUGUGACAACAUAACUCUUGUUAGUGCAUAUUUUAGUUGUUCCUUCUAAUUUUUGGAAUUGUUGAAUAUUUGAAAGUCAGGAGAGUUGCAGAUUGUAAAUGUCAACUUCUGUAUGACAUUAUAGGAAGAUAAGCAAUGACCGGUUGGAGAUGCAUUACCACUGACACUAAAGUUAAUUAGUUUCCCAUAACAGCAUGUCGCAAAGUGUUUUAUUCUGAAUGCAACAGCUAUUUACCAGCUACACAUUUUUAUUAUUAAAGAAUGGCACAUCAUA